GUGGAGCUGUCGGAGCUUCCGGCGAUGGCGCGACGACCGACCCAACGUCGCCCGGUAGCUCGGGAGCAGCAGACGCUCCCGAUGUUACGAGCAAGAGAGCCUUUCUUUCAGCGCUCACGGCCUCAGCGACAACCGUGUUCCCGUUCCUUUGCGAGGUCCUUGAGCAGCACUUCCAAGCAGCCCAGAAGCUAAGAUCCGAACCGCUACCACCGGCUGCCGGAGGCGGCGGCGCUGCCGCCGCCGCAGGUGGGAACCCUACAGCCUCUCCCGAGCAGCAGCGUCGAGAUCAGAUCGCGGCGCACGUCGGCGCGCUGUCCGCGGCUCUGGGCGCGCUGAGCACCUGGGUUGAAUGGGUGCCGAUGCGCCGGCUGACGGCUAGCUCGGUGCUGAGCGCCUGCUCGUUCUUCAUCCGUGAGGGCACUCCGUCGCUGCGCAUGCAGGCCCUGGACGUGCUGCGCCAGGUUACUUGGCGCAAGCGGGCCAAUGAGACCCCCGCCGACUACAUCACCCUCAUGGACGGAGUGGGAGGUGCCCUUCUGGGGGCCACCGCCGCCCUGGGGCUGCUGCUGAGUCCCCAGGACCCUUUGCCUCCUGCCAUGAUUCGCGAGCUGGGCUACGGCGGCUCCCAGGCGGAGUUCGGUGCCCGCGUGUUGGAGGUGGUGGAGAGCCUGGGGGAGGGCCACUUCCGUACGCUCUCUGAGGCUGAGGGCCGCCGGGCCGCCUUCCUGACGCAGCUGCUCACCUUCACUCGCCACCCCUACCUGCGCCUGUCGGGUGGUACGCUGACGCUUUGGCAGCAGCUCCUGAGGGAGGCCUCCCCACAACACGCGCUUGCGGGUGGCGGUAGCGGGGGGGCUGCUGGCGGCGGCGGUGGAUCUGGGGGGCCUGGGGCGGUACAUGCUGGUGGUGGUGGUGGUGGUCAGAAUUCACCGACGAGCGGUAGUGGGAGUGGGAGCAAGUCUGGCUCGUCUUAUACUCUGCCGGUGGAUGUGGUUUCGGAGCUGAUGCGAAUGCUGUGUGGAGCCAUGGUGCUGGUGGUGCCGACUGCCGACCCGGGGGUUAACAACGUACCUGACUGGUGUGACAGCCACGCUGAGUACAAGGAGGUGGUGGUAUCGUUCCGGUCCCAGGCCAAGGCCAUUCUGCGCCUAGCUGCUUCGCUGGCUCCGGAGCAGGCCUUGCAGGCGGCGGGGACGCUGCUCAGCUCGGCGUUCGCGGCAUGUACGGCAUCCGUGGCGACGACGGCGGCAGCGUCGUCGUCGACGGCGCAGCUGGAGGCCGCCGUACUGGUCCUGACGGCGGUGCUACCGCCGCUGUGCGACAUGGCAGCUGCGCCGUUGGGGGUGUCGACGGGCGGCAGUGGCGGCGCCGGCGCGGGAGCUACGGGACCAGCGGCGGUGUCACCGGUGGCUCAGGCAGCUGCGGCGGCGCUUGUGGGGGGUAUAGCGGAUAUGCUGCAGGCAGUGCUGCGAGUGCGGCUUUCUGACCCGCGGCACAUGACCCUGCACGCCGAGGCGAUAGAGGCGUUCGGUUGCUUCCUGGCGCUACGUCCCGACCUGGCUGUGCCCACUGUGAGCUGCUGUCUGGAGGUGAUGAGGCUGCUGCCCCUGGAGGCCCCCGGUCAGCUCCCUCCCCCUCCCCGUCAGACGCCCGAGUGGAGGGCGCAGUUCGAGGCGCGACUGGCCAUGGCGAAUGUGCUGCUGGGCCUGGCUAGGGCCGCCCCUGGAGCUCUUGUUCCGCACCUCUCCGCGCUGGUGACCGAGAUAUCUGUUCUGUGGGAGCGGGGGUUGCUGAGGGAGGGGGAGAGGGUGCUGCUGUGGGAAGGCCUCCUCGCCGCCGCCUCCGCCGCGUCCCCCCUGGCGUUCGUACAGGCCUACAUGCCGCUCGUUCCUGGGGUCGCCGGUUCGGCUGCUGCGGGCUCCGCAGGGAGUGGCGGUGUCUCUCCGGGUAAGCCCUCCCUGGAGCUAGGCGCCCGGGAGCGGCGCUGGACGCUGUAUCACCAGGUGACGCUCCUGGAGCGCGCGCUGCGCCGCACGGCGCCCGCACCUGUGGCCGCGGGCGGCGGCAGCGGCAGCGGCAGCGGCGGCGGCGCCGCCAGCAGUCCUCCUCCCGGUUCCUCCGUGGAGCACCCCUUCAGCCCCCACCUGGAGUGGUGUCUGCCGCCUGUUGCCAGGCUGGUAGCGUGUAUCCACGCCCUAGCUGACCCGCGGGUCAGGCCCUCCCUGGGUCCCCUGUCCCUGGUGAACGAUAUGGACGCCCUGGAGCGGGCGAGUAGGCUGGGGGAGGAUAGGGACCUGGUUAAGGCAGUGGAGCAGCCCGAGCCGAGGUGCGUCGCGGGAGCCAACACCGCGGACGGCCGUUACUUCGUUCGCGGCGUCCGGGAGUGCUGUUACAUGGUGCUUAAUUUGGCAACCCUGCAUUGCGGUCCGGCCUUGUGGCGGUCCAGUCAGCUGGCGGCGCUGCUGCCAGCGGCGGUGGCAGGAGGGGCGGCGGCGCUGGGAGACUGGGUUGUACGGCUGCUCGUACGGCAUGUACUAACACCGUGGGCGCAGCGCUGCCCGCUGUCCAGGGCGGGGGUGUGGAUGGUGCCGUUGUGCAGUGCGUUCCUGCCUCACAUGCACGACCGGCUGAGUGGAGGAUGGGCGGCCAUGCAGGCGGCAGCAGCAGGAGGGGGGGCAGGGAGCGGGGGCGGGGCGGCCGCCGGCGGAGGCAGCAGUAGCCGGCCCGGGGUCAGGGGGGCCGGCGGCGGCGUCACCUGCUCCUCGGGAGCCCCUGGUGGUCGUGGUGCUACUGCCGCCGCCGCCGCCGCCGCAGCAGUAGCAUCAGCCGCAGCAGCGGACGCUACUUCGGAUGAGGUCCUCCGGGACUUGCUCUUGCGGGAGCUGAGUCGCGAGUACCUUAGCUUCCUGAACGCCCUGGUCACGAGGCGGCCUAUCGAGGAGCCGUCAGGCGGGGUGGGGAUCCCGGGGGGAGCCGCCCCUCCAGGGGGGCCCAGUAGUGCAGGGGCCGUUGGGGCGCUGAUCAACUCACGAGUCAGCGCCAACGGCGGCGACGGCGCGGUACCGCAGGAGAGCAUCCUGGAGGUGUUGCUGCGCACCCAGCCCGCCGCCGCUCAGUGCGGGCUGGUGACGGGGGUGGCGGCGCUGUGCUGGCCCGACACGGAGUCCGCCAGCCGGGCGGUUAGCUUCUGCAGGUCGCUGCUGGCGCUGCAGACACAGAGCCUAGGAGCUGGCGGGCUGCAGAAUGGCGGCAGCCCCGGCAGCAGCGGCAGCAGCAACCCGGAAUUGGAGGGUGUGGUGGUGGGGGCCGUCACCCGGUCCGCGAUCAGCAGCCUGGGAUUGGUAUCCACGGUUAUGGUGCAGGCGCAGGUAUUGGAGCUCCUCCGCUCCGUGCUGGCCGUUUACCUGCCUCCUAACCAGCCUCAUUCGGCCCCGCUUCGUGCCGUACUGGGGGAGCUGCCCGGGGUGACUCCGCAGGUGUUGGACAACUUCACAGCUAGUUUCUGCGGUACCCAGGGGGACAAGGAGCAGCGGGUGCUUAUCAAGAAGCUGCUGGCGGCUGUGGGCGGAGAGGAGGUCCGCAAGCUGCUGGCCGCCGUGUCCAAGCUGCCUGGCGGGGUGUCGGCGGUUCCGGAGCCCAAGCAUCGGGAGAGGGGACCCAUUCCGGACGUGACACCGCAGGAUUGGGGGCUGCCGCACUUGUUCGACCUGCCGGAUGUACUCUAG